UAUACACGAACAAUUUCUUUACUGCAAGAUAAAAUUUAUAGAUUAAAAAAAAAGAAGAAUUAUGUUGUUUCUACUUUCUAGAGUUGUAAAUUGAAGGGAAUACAUAUAGUUUCCACAUAAUAAUUUAUAAUCACAUAUUAUGGGUUUGUUUGCAAUGGAUGGUUUUGAGAAGGGAAACUAUGGCGCCAAAUGUUUUAGUAGGCAGAUGGUGACACGUGUACUCGUCUCAAUCUGACGGUUAGUUUUGGAGAAACCUCAGGGUCAAAAUCGUCUUAAACAUUUCUGCGUCAUCAUCUUCACUACUCCCCCUCUCUGUUUCUUCAGAACUUUCGAAUUUGUGUUCUCUCUCAGUUUUCUCCGGUCGUAGCUCAACUAUUUUCCGGCGAUAUACUUCCGAUUCCUGCUUUCUCACUUCAACCCGGAGCUUUUCGUAAGUAAUUUUUCGCUGUUGAUACUAUCCGCUUGGAUUUCUUGGCUUUUCUUUCUGUUCAUGCCUUUGUAUCAGACUCCGUGACUAAUUGCUUCCCAUCUUUUCAUUCCUUUGUAUCAGACACUAUUUUCCGGCGAUCUUCUUCCGACUCCGGAAUUUUGACGAAACAUCACAAUGUCAGAUCCAAAACCGAAUCUUGUGGAGGGCACACUAGAUGCUGAUGCCAAGAACUCACAAAUUCAAUUAGCCAUGGACGAUGUUAUAUGUGAAACCAUGUAUCGAAGGGUACUACAGCAGUAUUCAGAGAGCCAUAAGUUCUGGAAGACUCAACCUGUUGGGCACUUUAAGGAUAUCCAAGACACCAGUUUGCCAGAAGGGCCAAUUGAAUCCGCAAAUUUGGUAUCUGAGGUCAAGCAAGAGCCUUACAACCUUCUUACACAAUUUGAAUGGACCAUAUUGGAUAUGAACUCUGAUGAGAUGUGUUCAGAGGUAUACAACUUUCUCAAGCAAAACUAUCCUGAUGACAGUUUACCAUUCAAGGCUAAUUACUCCAGAGAGUUUCUAAGGUGGUCAUUGUGUUCACCUGGUUAUUACCAGAGCUGGCAUAUUGGAGUCCGUGUCAAGACCUCCAAGAAACUUGUUGCUUUCAUCGGUGGCGUGCCAGUAAAACUCAGGGUGCGUGAUGAGGUUGUUAAAAUGGCAAAGAUCAGUUUCUUGUGUGUUCACAAGAAGCUCAGGUCUAAGGAACUUGCUCCUGUCAUGAUCAAGGAGGUGACUAGAAGGGUUCACUUGCAGAAUAUAUGGCAAGCCGCUUAUGCCUCAUGUCAUAUACUUUCUAGACCAGUUGCCACCUGCCGAUACUGGGGCAGAAUAUUGAACCUGAAGAAGCUCAUCGAUGUUGGGAUAACAGAGCUUAGUUGCAGAAUGACUAUGAGCAUGACACUCAAAUUUUACAAGUUACCAGAUGCACCAAUCACUCCUGGAUUUAGGGAAAUGGAACGUCGUGAUGUCCCAGCUGUUACAGAGUUGCUCAGGAACUACCUUUGCCAGUUUCGAGUUGCGGCUGACUUUGAUGAAAAUGAUGUCAAGCACUGGCUUCUCCCACGUGAAAAUGUCGUCUACAGUUACUUAGUAGUAAGCCCUGAAACUCAUAACGUCACUGACUUCUGCAGCUUCUACAGUGUCCCUGCAACUAUAACCGGUAACCAGAAAUACACAACAAUGGAAUGUGCUUAUUCUUACUACAAUGUCGCGACAGUAACCUCUUUUCCCCAGCUGAUGAAAGAUGUGCUUAUCGUCUCUAAGCAAAAAGGUUUCGAUGUGCUAUAUGCGUCGGAUUGUAUGCACAAUGAGAGUUUCUUCAAAGAGUUGAGGUUUAAACCAGGAAGUGAACAGUUUCACUACUAUCUCUAUAAUUACCGUUUGAGAAGUGCAAUGAAGCCAUCAGAACUUGGGCUUGUUCUCUAGUACUGCUAAAACUCCUACAGGCUACAGCUCCCGAAUGUGAACAACCUAUGAUCAGUAAACCAAUGUGCAGCCUACGGUUCCUCUUCAUAGAUAUCAUUUGCAAGUAAUAUAAACUGUGUU